AUGCCGCCCCGACCAUCCCUCGCCGCGCUGAGGGGGUACGCCACGGCGGCCGCGCCCAAGGCCGCCAGCGCUAGCAAGACUGCCGUGCCCGCUCCCGUCUUUAUCUCGCCCAGCGCCGAGGCAAACGCCCCCCGCAUCUACACGGAGCGCAAGGCGUUCCUGUACGACUACUACGCGCACCUGCUCAAGAGGUCCCAACUCGUCCUCCUCUUCAAGCACGAGAACCUCUCUGUUCCGAUGUCUGGAAAUCUGCGCUUCGCCAUCUCCAAGAUCCCAGUGCCCCGCCCCGCGUCGCUGCCUCAAGAUCAAGAGCUCGAGAAGGCGACGCUCACCAUUACGCGUACGGGUAUUCUCGCGCCUGUCGUGCGCGCCGUCCAGCCAGAGGCUGACUUGUCGCCUCUCCUCGAGGGGCCUACUGCCGUGAUCACCUGCCCAUCUCUCUCGCCCAAGUACGUCAAGACUAUGCUUGCGGCGAUUGAGCGCGUCAUCAAGGCCAGCCAGAAGGACGACGACCCAAAGAAGGGGCCGGUCGCCCAGCCCGCUUUCACACUCCUCGCUGGCGUCCUCGAGGGCAAGACGCUGCUUAACCCUGCUCAGGUCGCCGACGCCGCAAAGCUCCCCGAGCUCGACCAGCUGCGCGCCCAGCUCGUUGGCCUCCUGGAGAUGCCGCAGCGCCAGCUCCUCGGCGUCGUCCAGCAGGCAGGCGGCGGAUCGCUUGUCCGCACUCUCCAGGGCCUCGAGGAGACCCUCAAGGAGAAGGAGGGCGGCGCCGCUCCCUCCCCAUAG